CGGUGGCUGGUGCCCGGGUGGCUGCUGCUGGGCGGCACCCCGCUGGAGGAGGACGGGGAGGGCACCGACGAGGUCAGCUGCCUGCUGGCGCUCAGCGGGUGGGCGCCGGGGGCAGCGGAGCCGCCGCAGGGCGCAGUGCUGUACACGGAUGCGCCGGGGUUUGUGGAGGAGGAGUGCACUGCCCGCCUGUCCGGCCCCUACCUGCACGCCCUGGCCGUGCCGCAGUGGGGCGCGCUAGUGCGCUGCCACCGCAAGGCCGCGGACGACCACGUGCGCCUGCUGCGCCUGCCCACCGGGGACUUCGGCUCGGGAACCGGGCCGCAGGCCGUUGCCAUCACGGAGGACAAGCUGGGCAUCCGGCUGCCCAACGGCCCCGACGAGGGCAGCAACUUCGUGCUGGGGCUGGGCUUUGACACGUCACUGCCGCUGGAGCCCCUUCCGCAUCCCCUGAACCCCGAGCAGCCCCCGCUGACCCCGCCCCCGGUGGUGCUGGUGGUCACCUCGGACGGCGCGCUGCGGGUGUACGGCUUCGGCCACCUGGACCUGGCGGCGCAGCUGCGGCCCGGGGCGGACGCGGUGAGGCAGGCGGAGCUGCCGGAGUGGGCAGCAGCGGCGGCGGGAGGCGGGGGUGACGGCAAGCCCUUGGUUGACGAGACGGACAAGGCGGCGAAGGCAGCGCUGCCGGAUGACGAGGACAUCGAGGACAGUGCCGAGUCGGAGAUGCGGCGGGCGGCUGCGGCGGCGGGUGUUGCGAGCGAUUCGGAGAGCGGCGAGGAGGUGACGUCGCCAGGCAUCACCUUCGGGGCCCAGUCCCUGGGCGCUGCUGCCGCCACUCAGUCGGCUGCCGGCCCCUCCGGCCCCACCUUCCCCGGCACCGGAGGCAUGUUCGGGAGCUCGGGAGCGGCCUUCAAGCCAGCCUCAGCGGCUCCAGCUUUCGGCGCCGCACCGCCCGCGACUAGCGCUGCCUCCGCUCCCUUCGGCCUCAGCGGCCCCGCGCCCGCUGCCCCCAGCACCAGUGCCAGUAGCAGCGGCUUCGGCUUUGGGUUCGGUGUCGCCCCAGCGGCCCCAGCUGCCACCUCCAGCGCUCCUGCUGCUCCCGCGGGAGGGCUGUUCGCUGCCGCCAGCACCGCCGCAGCGGGUGGGGGCGGGCUGUUCGGCAGCACCUCCGGCAGCAGUGGCAGCCUCUUCGCCGCUCCCGCCUCUGCACCCGCCAUCAUCCCCUUCGGAGCCAGCUCUCUUGGGUCGUCUGCAGCCUCGGCGGCCCCAGCCACAGCCCCGGCGAC